AAUUCAUCGAAACCUUUUUCUUGGAUGAUGAAAAUGAUGAGGCUGGUUUAUCAGAGGAAGAAGAAGAUUUAUAUGAUAAUAAAAUUAAUUUUAAUGCUCUUGAUUUAUUAUAUGAAGAAAAUAAAAAUCCAACUGAACCUGCAGAUACAACUAAUAAUUUUACGUGA